UUUAUCGAUAAGUCCGCGGCCACACUCAUCACAAACCCAAUUUUUUUUUUGAACUGCGCGGUCGGGUUGCUGCGCGCGUCGUCGAAUAAACAAAUUGAAAACUAAAUUUUUUGCUAGUGUACAAUAAAAAAGUGUACAAUACUCAAUUUCGCUCGUCAGUGUCAAGAGAAAGAGGAACAGAAACAAAAGAAAAAAAAGUAGAAGGAAGAAAAUGUGCGGCAGUCUGAAGAGGCCAAAGCAGAUGACGAAAACUUUGUAAACUUGUGCAAAGAGAGAGAAAGAGAGACACACACGGACAGUGAAAGAUAGUUUAAUAUUAAGAUACAUUCGGAUUGGAAACAGUGCGGAGGAGUUGUCGCUGCGUCGGUUCGCGUAUAGAAUUUUUUCCCCUGAUUGCACAAAAAUCGUAACUUAAGUUUAUUAAGCAUUUGUGCAAUGCACAGGCGUGAAUAAAAACCAACCAAACGCUGUGCGUGUAAAAUCUCCUUCCUCUUCUCCCCUUCCGCGUGAAGUAGCAGCAGCAAAUCUCCGGGGCAGCAGCAGCAGCAGCAGCAGAAGAAGGGAGUAGAAGAGAACAACACAACAAAAUAGCAAAUCAAAAUGGCGCACCAACAGCAGCAGCAACAACAACUGGCUCCAUCCGUGAAUUGUUCAUUGGAUGAUAUCGAUUUGACGGCACUGAAGGAUCCCGCUGGCAUCUUUGAGCUGAUCGAAGUUGUUGGCAAUGGCACCUACGGCCAGGUCUACAAGGGCCGUCACACAAAGACUGGACAAUUGGCUGCCAUAAAGGUGAUGGACGUCACCGAGGACGAGGAGGAGGAGAUCAAGCUGGAGAUCAAUGUGUUGAAGAAAUACUCAAAUCAUCGCAACAUUGCCACCUACUACGGGGCGUUCAUCAAGAAGAGUCCGCCCGGCAAGGACGACCAGCUCUGGCUGGUGAUGGAGUACUGCGGCGCCGGCUCCGUGACGGACCUGGUGAAGUCCACCAAGGGCCAGAGCCUCAAGGAGGAGUGGAUCGCCUACAUCUGCCGCGAGAUCCUGCGCGGCCUGAGCUACUUGCACUCGAACAAAGUCAUCCAUCGGGACAUCAAGGGCCAGAAUGUCCUGCUCACAGACAAUGCGGAGGUGAAGCUGGUCGACUUUGGAGUCUCCGCGCAGCUGGACCGCACGAUAGGCAGGAGGAACACGUUCAUUGGUACUCCCUACUGGAUGGCGCCGGAGGUCAUUGCCUGCGACGAGAAUCCCGAUGCCACAUACGACAACCGAUCGGACCUGUGGUCGCUCGGGAUCACUGCCUUGGAGAUGGCUGAGUCACAGCCGCCGCUGUGCGAUCUCCAUCCGAUGCGGGCCCUCUUCUUGAUUCCCCGCAACUCGCCGCCGCGCCUCAAAUCGAAGAAAUGGUCCAAGAAAUUCCACGGAUUCAUUGACACGGUGUUGGUCAAGGACUACCAUCAGCGGCCUUAUACCGAGAAUCUGCUGAAGCAUGGCUUCAUCAAGGACCAGCCCACGGACCGGCAGGUGCGCAUCCAGCUGAAGGACCACAUCGAUCGCUGCAAGAAGCGCAAGCAGGAGAAGGAGCGCGAGGACUACCGCUACUCGGGCAGCGACAACGACGACGAUGAGCCGCAGCUGGCGGGCGAGCAUAGCUCCAUUGUCCAGGCCCCCGGCGGCGACACUUUGCGCCGCAACUUCCAGCAGAUCCAGGAGGGUCGUAUCGCGGCCGAGCAGCAGCAGCACCACCAGCUGAUGGCCCAUGCCCACGCCCAGGCAGCGGCCGACCAUGCCGCCGCCCAGGCGCAGCUGCACCAGCAGCAGCAGCGGCAGGCGGCCGCCGCGGCGGCAGCAGCAGAGGCGCAUGCAGCAGCCGCAUUUGCAGCGCAACAGGCCCAGGCGCAGGCGGCGGCAGCCGCCCAACAGCAGCAACAACAGCAGGCACAGCAGCAGGCACAGGCGCAGCAGCCGCAGGCGAAUCGACAGCAGAAACCGCCAUCGCGCCAGCAGAUCGAGGAACCAGGUCCGCCGGCACGCCCACAAAUACCACAGCGUCUGAUUGUGGUGCCAGAUCCACCGCAUGCCAAUCGGCCAUUGCCACCGACCCCGAAGUGCGGCGGCGGCGGAGGAGGAGGAGGCGGCGGCGAUCAGCCAGCGGGUCAGACGCCCCAGCAGCAGCAGCGAAACUCGCAGAAUAACUUCAAGCCAUCGUUACCACCAAGGAGACCUGAGGAUCAUUUGGAUGUGUUAGCAGCACAAUUAAAUGAAUUGGGCGUGGUCUCCUCCCAACAGCCGCAGCCACAGACAGCAGCAGCAGCAUCAGCCGGAGGGGCAGCCGGGGCCGGUGCAGGAGGGGCCCAGCAGCAGGCGGCCCAGCCGGAGGCGCCGCCGCGCAACAAUCGGGGCUCCGGGUCCGCCUCGGGGGCAUCGAAGCCGGCCGCCGUGCUGCCACAGCAGCAGUCGAACAAUCAUCUGGGACAGCCCGUGAAUCCGCUGGAUCCGUUGGACAGCAGCGACUCGGACAGCGAGCCGGAUGAGCCGAACGAUCGGGCCAGGAACGAUGGCACUCUGUUGGCCAGCGAUCCGCCCAAGCCGCUACCCGAAUUUUCAUAUAGGCCUGGUCUGGGACCCGUCUCCGAGGACGGCAACACGACAACGCCCCUUGGCAGCCACGGCAGCGGAGGGCCGCCCAACCGGCCACUGCCCCCCACGCCCGAUGACGACGAUCAGGCAGGAGAUCGCACGCUGAUCAUGAAGCGCAAUAUAAACCCCCUGCUAAGGACAUCAUCCGCUGUCGUCGUGCCACGAAGGGAGGAGGCAAAUCUUCUCAGGGACUGGGACUUUGAUCGAUUCUUUCCGAAGACCGGAGCCAACAGUGGAGCUGGAGCGGGAGCUGGAGCUGCAGCAGGACGUGUCAGUGGCAGAGCCACCGGCGGAAGUGGCAGUGGCAGUGGCAGCGGAAGCAGUGGCAGCCCCACAACGACGGCCAGCCUCAGUCGCAGCUCGCAGCAGAGCACGCUCAAGGUGGAGACGAAGCUGCAGAGGGCCAGUGUGGCGGAGGCCAUCACCAGGCCAGUGCCCAGGGGCUAUCAGCCGCUAAAGGGCACAGGCGCAGGCGCAGGCGCGGGUGCCACAAGUAUUGCCAAAGAAAAGGGAGCUGCCGCUGGAGCCGCAAGCAGCAGCAGCAGCAGCAACACUUCGAAGUCGCAGCACAAACGAGUAGAGUCGAAUUUUGUGCGCGGCUUUCGGCGUGAGAACUCGGACUUCUUUCCGCUAAACAAACGCCACUCUGCAGUGCUGAGCGGCACCACCAGCAGCAACCACAGCAACAACAGCAACAGCAGCAACAGCCACAGCAACAGCGGCCGCGCAGCCUCCACAAUACAGCUGCAAAUUGUCCAAGCUAGCCAGAGAGCCAGUGCCAUGUACCAAAGGAACAGCAUUUACAACACCAGUAACAGUGCCACAGCCACAACCACAGCCACAGCCAGUGGCAGCAGCAAGAGCAAGACCACCUCUCCAGCAGCAGCAGGAGCAGGAGCAGGAGCAGUGGCUGCCAAGUCGGGAGCAGGAACUCCUGCCACUAAAUCGAGUUGGGCGAAUCUUGAUUUCUUGCGUCCGCGUCGCGAAAAGACUGAAUCCGUCAUUGUGUUGCAGAAUGCUGCCUCUCGAGCCCACCAGCAGCAACAGCAGCAGCAACAACAGCAGCAGCAGCAGGCGCAGCAGCAGCAGCAACAGCAGCAGCAGAAUCGCGGAGUUGGCGGCGGAGGAAGCAGCAGCGGCGGCGGCGGCGGCGGUGGAAGCAGCGGAGUGGGUGGAGCCGAUGGCAGCGUUUUGGGUACACCCGGAACCCGCACCAGCAGCGUACUGCCCGAUCUGCUUAGCCAGGCAUCGCCGGCCACACCGCCACGCCAUGAUAAAUCAUCCAGUGAGGAGUAUCAAGCGGCCAUCAGUUCAUCCGUGCAUUCCACGCCAUCGAAAUCGUUUAUCGCUAGCAGCGGCAACGGAGCCGUCGGUGGCCACGGCCUCGUCCCCGGCCUCGGCAUCGGCCUUGGGGGUGGUAGCGUCGUCGGUGGCGUGAUUAUUAGCAACAGCAGCAAUAAUUCGCCACAGUCGACGAUAUCGCUCGCCUCGUCCUCGUCGAAUUCGCGACAGAACUCGCCAAAGAAUUCGAUCAGUAAGACGCGUUCCACCAGCAGUAUUACUAAUUUAUUGCACAAAUCUGCUUCUUCCUCCUCUGCGAACAUCCACCAUCCACCACAUCCAUCGAAUGCCCCGUUAUCGGCCUCCUCGAACGCCGCCAACUUGCCAACGCACGCGUACGCGCUGCAACAGAAACAACGCAGUUUCCUUACCUUCGGUUUCGGGGCCGGCGGCUCCGGCCCGUCGCGUCGUGAGUCGCACGUGAAUGUCAAUGUGACGCCCACCUCCCACGAGGCGGCCAACGAUACGCCCGAGAUCCGUAAGUAUAAGAAGCGCUUCAAUUCGGAGAUACUCUGUGCGGCGCUAUGGGGCGUCAAUUUGCUGAUUGGCACAGAGAAUGGCCUGAUGCUGCUCGAUCGUUCCGGCCAGGGGAAGGUCUAUCAACUCAUCUCAAGACGCCGCUUCCAGCAAAUGGAAGUGCUAGAGGGUCAAAACAUAUUGGUUACCAUAUCCGGCAAGAAGAAUCGCGUGCGUGUCUACUACUUGUCCUGGCUCAAGUCGAAAAUCUUGCGCACCGAUGGACUCUCCGAUCAAGUGGAGCGUCGCAAUGGCUGGAUUAAUGUGGGUGAUCUACAAGGUGCUGUACAUUUUAAGAUUGUCAAAUACGAAAGGAUUAAGUUCCUAGUGAUUGCAUUAAAAGACUCUAUUGAAAUAUAUGCAUGGGCUCCCAAACCAUAUCACAAAUUUAUGGCAUUUAAGAAUUUUGGUGAAUUGGAACAUCGCCCGCUUUUGGUCGAUCUCACAAUUGAAGAUCAGUCGAGACUGAAGGUGAUUUAUGGCUCGGCCGAGGGUUUCCAUGCGGUUGAUUUGGACUCAGCUGAAGUAUACGACAUAUAUCUUCCCAAACAUACUCAGGGUGCAAUCAUUCCGCAUUGUAUUGUGGCGCUUCCGAACUCCAAUGGGAUGCAACUGCUGCUGUGCUACGACAAUGAAGGUGUCUAUGUGAACACUGUGGGUCGUGUUUCCAAGAACAUUGUCCUCCAGUGGGGAGAGAUGCCCACCUCAGUGGCAUACAUUGGCACUGGACAAAUCAUGGGCUGGGGCAACAAAGCAAUAGAGAUACGUUCCGUUGAGAGCGGCCAUUUGGAUGGUGUGUUUAUGCACAAGAAGGCGCAGCGCUUGAAAUUCCUUUGCGAGCGCAACGACAAAGUAUUCUUCAGCAGUGCCAAAGGUGCUUCAUCGUGUCAAAUCUACUUUAUGACGCUCAACAAGCCGGGCAUGGCCAAUUGGUAAAGCGCUCUGCUCUGCUCUGAUGAUCUUGGCAGCCAUCGAUCGACCCAACCCCAACCGCAGCCCCAAAAGAAGCGAUCGAUUUGCUCAACCAGCAAUGCAUAAAACAUUUUCUUCUUAUUUUACAACAAAACCAACAAAAUAUCUAAAGAGAACAUACACACCCCAACCCCAGCCCACACCCACACACACAUAACGAAGAUAAUUAGUGCAUAAAAGUUAAGUGAAAUGAGAUGAUGAUGAUAAUAUCCUAUACAGACGAGAGACACAAUUCGAAAACCAACAUUCACCAAACCACACCACAACACACCACACCACACAAACAAUCAUGAACUUGUGCUUAUGAAAAUUCACCACGACAACGUUUCAAUUAGUAAAUGUGCUAAGAAAACUCGAUCCACUCGGACGCGGAGUGCGACGCGAGCCUAUAUAUAUAUUAAAAUAAUCUAUUUAAUAUUUAGAAACGAAAAUGUCAAGCUCACUCGCAGAGGUUUUUUCGUCAGAACAGAACAGAACGGAACGGAACACAGAAGUCAACGAUCUAUAUCCUUUCGAUGAUGUAUGUAUAUUGGCGUUACGUAGUUGAACCCUGAACCCCCCACAGAUGGUGUGGAUAGCAGCAUCCAUUAUCCAGAUCCAGAUGGAUCACCACACACACACAAUCACAAUCAGCACACACACACACGAUUCAAAUCCAUUUCAAAUGUCGUUUCGCGUAUGAUUUCGCUUUCAAGUUAAACUUAAGUUGAAAAAAAAAACAAAAAAAAACAGGCAACGCAGCAACCGAAAAUACACAUAUGUAUAUCGAAUUUUUGCAAUGGAAAACCAACGUAUAUAUAUAUAUAUAUACAUAUAUAUAAAUGAAUAAAUAUAUGCAAUUAGUUUUUGUUCUUGGUAUUAUCAAAUAGAAUUUAUUUGUGCGUUUCUGAUGAUGAGAUGACGAUUACAUAUGUUAGUGUGGAAAGCAGAGGGAAAUUUAUACAUAAAUUGAAUUGUCUGUAUGCUCAUUUUUAUGGAGAACAAAACAAAAUAAAACAAAGCAAAGCAAAGCAAAAUAAAACGCCAUUGUAAAAACUAAGUGAUAAAAACAAAGUAAAAAAAUUAAAUAAUAUUAGAGCGAGAGCAGAAGCAGAAGCGAAGCAGAAAGAAUGUUUUUAAGCAGAAGCCGGAACAAUUAUAACUGAUUUAAUGUAAAAUAAAGCCGAAAGCAACACAAACAAAACAAUGCUUACAACA